UUCUAUGAAGGCACCCAAUAGAAGCGAAAGCGAAUCCAAUGAUUAGAGCCUACUUCUGACAUGCAGGAGUGGUGUAAAUGAUUGGAUAAAGGAAGUUAUGCAUGUGAGAACCAAGAGCAUCGGUGUCAAAACCGGAUUAUCAAAACCUGGAUAUCAAAGCCUGGAACCUGGAGCCUCGUCACGUAACUCGUCUCGCACAGCUGAACAGACAAAACCGGAUCAGGCUGAGCCGGUAUAGUAGCAUUUUACUCGAAAUGUAGAGUCAAUUAUGUCAAUGUGGAUUUGUAAAAGCAUUAUCGAGUAGGUAUAUGCGCCAAAGACUGCCUUAUUAUAUAAAGCUGAGUGAGUAUACCUUCAUCCUUAAUUGCGCCCUUGGCAGUAGUUCAGUUCUUUAACAGGAGAUGCCAACGGCUCUCUUGUAACGCAUAAUUCUCAUCUGUGCCUACCUACCUAGGUACCUACCUAGAAAACAUGGCUACCAAGGCACGCAAGAUUCCCCAAGACAAUUGGGAUCAUCAUAAAGAGACAAUCUUAAACCUCUAUCUUACAUCCGAUCUCUCAGUUGGGCAAUUGGUCCAGACUAUGGAUGAACAACAUGGAUUCCGCGCCACUAUCUCACAGUAUGAAGCGCAACUUAAAUCCUGGGAUGCCCGUAAGAACUUAAAAGCUCACGAGUGGAAGAGGAUCUUCGAAAUAAUCGAUCACCUAUCAUCUCAGGAUACUCAGUCUAGAGUCGUCAUUUCAGGCCACCCCGUAUCGGUGGAUAAGGUCAAUCGGGCAAGACGUCACUGCAAUAGUGAAACCCGCCUUGGGAAGCGCCGCCGAGUGGAAAUAGACUCAUCCCAUACUUCCAACGGCCAUGGAGCUUGUGAAGCCUUCAUCGAGACCCAAAAGCCAAAUGGUGAAUGGUGUCAGUACAGGAGUGAUUCAAUAAAUCAGCUGGAUCAAGACGUCGCAGUUGAGCUUGUUUCCCAAGAACGAAUCAUCGACAUCGAUGCAAAUCAAGAAAGGCCUGGGAGCAACGACGUCGUGGACUAUCCAUACCUCCAGGGAUUGGUUAAUAGCCCCCCAGGAUCCUUCUCGUUCCACAUUUCCCAGUAUUCGUCUGGUAGUUAUUCGGAAUCUAACGACGUUAAUAAUGUCACACAUCCUACGGAGAAUUCUAUUAAUGAUCCUGGUUCACAGUUUGUACAGGAUUUAAUUGAUUAUGACUUCAAUGCCGAUAUCAUAUCUCCAGGUGCCGAGAUGGCGACGUCUCCCUUUAGACUGGAUGCUACAGGUCAUCUUUCUUUUGGAAUGAUGUGCAUAAACGACUUGCCGUUCGAGCGGUUUGAACGUGAUUCGGCGUUGAAACGGCUAGUUUUAGCUUCACACUCGUCGCCUUUGCAGGAAUCCGCGCUGUUAUUUGGCACCCAAACUUUAGUGAUGAAAUUUGUUGUCGAAGUCGCUACUUCUAUGUCAGAAACCAACCGGAAGCCUCCCACGCAAAACCUUGACAAAGUCUGGUUUACCUUACAGAAGUUAAAAUCACUUCUUCCUACAAUCCAACAAGGAUCUACAACUACUGACUUGGCUCGAUCCUCGCACGAAAUACAUGAGAUCGAAUUACGUCGGAUUCUCCUGUUCUCCGUCGCCAACGGAUUUGUUGGCCAGGACGGCUUACCUCUCAAACUGGUCUUCACGUUCCUUGAUAAACAUAGUAACGUCAAUUCUCUGUUGUCUCGCUGGUUUGAAGGUAUCCCGGAUCACUUCGCAAAAGGACUUGCAGAAAAUUUAUUUCGAGCAUCGAUAGAAGCAGGAAACCACCAAGCGGUUAGGUUCUUCCUCCAAAAGCGCCUCGUAGACGUCGACAACACAUUCUGCUUCGUCGAUGGGAAAAUGUAUACACCCCUCGAGCGGGCCGCCAAGCUCCGAGAACUGAAAGUCGUUCAUGAGUUACUUCAAGCUGGUCCGAAUGUCAACAUCUCUCGUCUUGAGAUACAUGACUAUGAUGGUAUUGACGGAAGAUUUGCUCUUAGAUGUCUAAUAUACGUCUCUAAGUUUAAAAGACAUCCUACGGGGUACUCUUUUGAGUAUAAAAGUAACCAAAUAUUCUCUCCUGAGUAUUUAAAAACCGUGGACGCUUUGAUCGACGCAGGGUUAAGGGUAUCCAUUUCUUUCAUCCGUCUCUCUCUUGAGAGAUACAUGAGGGUGGAUCUUGCUAAGAAGCUACUUUCCCGACUUGCACCCUCUGAUUACUUUGAGGCUAUAUUUGAAGGUAUACUAUACCUCAUUAUUCUCAAAUUCAAUGCCGAGGAUGCUCUUGAAUAUGCCACCAAAAUAGUAUCCUAUUGUGCAAAGACAGGACACAAGAAAUGCUCUGGAAGCUUCUCGGACGAGAUGAACUGGGCAGCCAUCGCCGCCGCCAAACAAGGAAAUCACCAGCUUGUUCAAUUCCUUUUUCAGUACGUAAAGUCUUUGACUCAGAUUCUGAGCGCUGCAAUCAGAGGUGGUAACUACGAACUUAUCGAAUUUAUCCUCGAACAAAAUCCCAAUAUCCACCAGGCACCUCCUGAGUGUAUCAACAAGGUGGAGCCAUAUACUGAUAUGGAAUUUCUGAGCUACACAACGCCACUAGCAGAAGCAAUCGAAUCAAGAGACGCAAUACUCAUCAAGAAGCUUGAAGAUAAAGGUGCUCUCGAAAACCUUAGCGAUUUUCUAGUCGCUCUUACGAUAUUUAGACCUAAUCGAUUCGAGAGCGCUCUUCUCGCCUCGUCAAGAGUGGGAAAUAUAGAAUACAUGGAAAAGUUGUUAUCCUGCAAUGUCGCGAUCAGCUCACGUAUCGCAGCAGAAGCCCUGCUAGAAGUUGUGAGACAACGAAGAGAAGACAUGGUUUGGCUUCUCCUUAGCUGGGGGAUAUAUGUGGACGUGAAUGUUGAUGCGAAAUUCCUCAGGAUUGUUGUCGAACUAUACAAAUGGAACAUGCCCAUCCUCUACGAAAUUAUGGCAACAUUUCCGGGCCUUUUUUUCGAUGGCGGCAGUAGCGACAGCUCCAUGGAGCGUGAUCUGAAAUCGGAGCCUUUACAUCUAUUGGAAUUCCUCUGCGAGCACAACUUCCUCUAUGCCUGGAACAUAGAUACUAUUUAUAAUGUCAUAGUCGAACGUAGUGAUUUUUCAAUGAUUCGUCACGCUUAUCGAGUGGGAAUGAAUAUCAAUGGCACCAAUUCCCUCCUGGCUGCCUCAAAAGGGCACCCCGACGUACUCUGUAAGCUCCUAGCACAGUUAGCUUCGACCCAGGAAGCCAUACAUCAAUUUGGAACAGGCGCUGUCGUGACGGCGCUCCAGGGCGGCGAUGUGGGAUCGUUAGAUAUUCUGCUUGCGUGUAAAGCUGUCGAUCUAAAACACGUAGAUCCAGUAUCUGGAACUCCCCUAGAGGUCGCAGUGAAUAUCGAAGCGGUGGGGGGUUGCUCUCACUUUCUGUUGAUAUCAAAGCUCCUUGACGCGGGCUGCGACGUCAACGAAUCAACACCUCUCCUCUCUAACAAGGUACGUAGGAGACAAUACAACAUGACGCCGCUUCUGAGAGCAAUUGACGUGGGAAACAAGAAUCUGGUACAAUACCUCAUUGAUCGAGGCGCUGAUGUCAACAAAGGGGCUAUCCAUGGCAUAACACGGACCCCCUUACAAAUGGCGGCAGAAACUGCCGAUCUCGCCAUUGCCGAAUUACUGCUCCGGAACGGCGCGGAUGUUAACGCGAAGCCGUCGACUUACAUGGGCGGCACGGCCCUACAACUAGCAGCCAAAGGUGGGAACUACAACAUUGCCGCACUACUGAUUGACCGAGGCGCCAGCAUACACGAUGCCCCCUCGAGAUUUGACGGGCGUUGGCCUCUAGAAGCGGCCGCCGAGUACGGUCGGCUGGAUAUGAUCCAGUUCCUCUGGAACGCGAGUCUAGGCGGUUUUCCGAUCGCCCAGUGUCGCAAGGCGAUAGAACUCGCGGAGAAGAACGGACACAGGGCUUGUAGGGAUUUGAUUCGGGAAUUGGCGGCUUCUAGUGGGAUCAUGCUCACGCUUGAGAAUUUAGGAUAGGUGAUUAUCUGUGUUUUUUAUUGGAUUCUGGACUCUACGUUUCGAACUACCUAUGAUAUCCGAGGAGUUUUGGGUGUUGAUGGCUCUUUGCUUAGGUUUCUUAGAUGUAGUUGCUUUUCUAAAAGGAUGUUAUGAGAGUUGUAAGAGAGAUACAACUACCAAGAACAAUACUAAGGACUUGACUAGGAAUGUUUGACAUUAUAUAAACGAGCAUCUCCAUCCAUAGGAUGUAAUCUAUUUCAUGAAUAAGGUCUACCCGGAUACCUGGAAUCUACCCAUUUACAUUCUACAGAU